AAAUUAGUGAUUCAUUGAUUCAUGCAGUUCUUUCAGUAGUUGACACUUCCAUUACACCGUAUCAUUAUACAAUAUCAAAAAAGGCACACUUGUUAAUAUCAACACUGAUCUCCUCAGAAAAGUCUUGGGAUCUGUCAUUUUUAUAGUGAUGGCUACAGGUUUUCUAAAAUUCAUUUUUACUUGAAAGCUCAAAUUCUAUGAUUGGAAACAAAUACACAUUUUACUUGAAAUGACAGACUUACUUGGUUCAUUUUUGAGAAAAAUACCUGUCAAAUUUCCAAGUCUGAAAAACCAUGGCUUGGUGGUUUUCUUUCAAGUAAUAUGGGUGUUCCAUGGAAGCGGUUUAUUUUGCAGCUCAAGCAGAUUGCACAGGUGGUUUUGCUCAAGGCCUCGCCUCUGGCUUCAGUGUGCAUCGGAAGUGCUGUGUGUAUACUUCAGUCAUCACACGCAAUGUUAGGAAGCCUCAGUGGACUGGGCGCGAUACUUUUUACUGCUUCCUCAAAGCCAUUGCAAAGUGAAACUGUCACUUUCUUACCUUUUAGCUCUAAGUGGCAGUGAAGAAUGUGAUGACUGCCAGGGUGUUUGGAUGCCACCGCCUUGACUCUGCUGAAGACCCAGCAGUUUUGUUAUCACUUUUGCGUUAUCAGUGAAAGCAUCAGCAUGGUGGAAAAGGCACGUCGUGUUUUAGUAUUACUAUGAAAAUAGCUUUGACCUUGAAGACGUCUGAGAAAAGGUCUCAGGGACACACAGGGUGUCUGGGCCACACCGUGAGAACCACUGUUUUGUUUUUUUUUAAAUUCAUUUUUUUAUUUUUAGUUUUGGCUGUGCUGGGUCUUUGUUGCUGCGCGCAGGCUUUCUCUAGUUGCGGUGAGCGGGGGCUACUCUUCGUUGAGGUGCGCGGGCUUCUCAUGGCGGUGGCUUCUCUUGUUGCGGAGCAUGGGCUCUAGGUGCUCAGGCUUCAGUAGUUGUGGCACAUGGGCUCAGUAGUUGUGGCUUACAGGCUCUAGAGCACAGGCUCAGUAGUUGUGGCGCACGGGGUUAGUUGCUCCGUGGCACGUGGGAUCUUCCCUGGCCAGGGCUCGAACCCGUGUCCCCUGCGUUGACAGGUGGAUUCUUAACUACUGCGCCACCACGGAAGCCCCCGAGAACCACUGUUUUAAUCCAGUGUGCCUAAAUCACACACACUAUAAAUUCCGUACCUUGUGUGAUCGUUAGGUAAACACAGUUGUACUUGGAAGUAUAGUACUUUACAGAGUCACUGACAUAUUCAGGGAGGGUUUAAAUGUGUUCUCAAGUGAGGGGUAGGAAAGGGUCCAUAGAUACGGUGUUUAUAAAAUUUUAGAGAAAACUGAAACUAAAACCACAGCACAUCCCUUUUUUCCUCUGGUUAUGAAAGUAGUCCAUGGUCCUUGAAAACAUUUCAAAUAAUAUAACAAUAAGUGAAGUAGUCAGUGAGUGUCCUAGCUAUUCACAUCAAUCAUCUCUUUCUAAGUAAGUCAAAUAUCAUUUUCAGUGCUUUAAUAUUUGCUUAUAUAAGCAUAAAACUCUGUUAAAGCUGGGACGUUGUACAUGUAGAUGUUCUUACUGUUGUUCUUAAAGCAUCAAAUUUAAAAAAAAGAAAACUUUCUAUAUCAGUGCGUAUAGCUAAUCUAAUUCCUUUUUCCCCUAAACUUUUUAUUAUCCUUGUAGCCCUCCUACCCCAGAUUAUUUUGAAGCAAAUUCAGCAUUAUAUCAUUUCAAAUGUAUUUAUGUCAGUAUUUCGCAGGAUGGUAGCAAUCUAAUUCUCAUUCCGUUUUUAUUUAUUAGCUUGACUUUUUCUAUAAAGAGAACGUUCCCACACCAAUUAUCUGGAUUCCCUCAAGUUCGGAUUGUACAGAGAGGGGAGGAAGUUUGACACCUCAUGGCUCCGUAGCAUCCUCAGAGUUGACCAAUCAACAGCAAAAAGAAAGAAUCAGCAUGGGAAAUGACAAAAAGUUUGUAUGAUGCGUGGUCAGGAUGGCUGGUAGUCACACUAACGGGACUGGCAUCAGGGGCAUUGGCUGGUUUAAUAGACAUCGCCGCCGACUGGAUGACUGACCUCAAGGAGGGCAUCUGCCUUAGUGCGCUGUGGUACAACCACGAACAGUGUUGCUGGGGGUCAAAUGAAACCACAUUUGAGGAGAGGGAUAAAUGUCCACAGUGGAAAACAUGGGCGGAAUUAAUCAUAGGGCAAGCGGAGGGUCCUGGUUCGUACAUCAUGAACUACAUAAUGUACAUCUUCUGGGCCUUGAGUUUCGCCUUUCUUGCCGUUUCCCUGGUGAAGGUGUUUGCUCCGUAUGCCUGUGGCUCUGGGAUUCCAGAGAUUAAAACUAUUUUGAGUGGAUUCAUCAUCAGAGGCUACCUGGGAAAAUGGACUUUAAUGAUUAAAACCAUCACAUUAGUGCUGGCUGUGGCAUCAGGUUUGAGUUUAGGAAAAGAAGGGCCCUUGGUACACGUUGCCUGUUGCUGUGGAAAUAUCUUUUCCUACCUCUUUCCGAAGUACAGCACAAAUGAAGCUAAGAAAAGAGAGGUGCUAUCAGCUGCCUCAGCUGCAGGUGUUUCUGUAGCUUUUGGUGCACCGAUUGGAGGAGUUCUUUUCAGCCUGGAAGAGGUUAGCUAUUAUUUUCCUCUAAAAACUUUAUGGAGAUCAUUUUUUGCUGCUUUAGUGGCUGCAUUUGUUUUGAGAUCCAUCAAUCCAUUUGGUAAUAGCCGUCUGGUCCUUUUUUAUGUGGAGUAUCAUACACCGUGGUACCUUUUCGAACUGUUUCCUUUUAUUCUCCUCGGGGUAUUUGGAGGGCUGUGGGGGGCCUUCUUCAUCAGGGCAAAUAUCGCCUGGUGUCGCCGACGCAAAUCCACCAGGUUUGGGAAGUACCCCGUUCUCGAGGUCAUCGUCGUUGCGGCCAUCACUGCUGUGGCAGCCUUCCCCAACCCCUACACGAGGCUCAACACCAGCGAACUGAUCAAAGAGCUUUUCACAGACUGCGGCCCCCUGGAAGCCUCCUCUCUCUGUGACUACAGAAAUGACAUGAACGCCAGUAAAAUCGUGGAUGACAUCCCUGAUCGUCCAGCAGGCCUUGGAGUGUAUUCAGCUAUAUGGCAGUUGUGCUUGGCGCUCAUGUUUAAAAUCAUAAUGACAGUGUUCACUUUUGGUAUCAAGGUCCCGUCCGGCUUGUUCAUCCCCAGCAUGGCCAUCGGCGCGAUCGCCGGCCGCAUCGUGGGCAUCGCAGUGGAGCAGCUGGCCUACUACCACCACGACUGGUUCAUCUUCAAGGAGUGGUGUGAGGUCGGCGCCGACUGCAUCACCCCCGGCCUUUACGCCAUGGUCGGCGCGGCCGCCUGCUUAGGUGGUGUGACAAGGAUGACUGUGUCCCUGGUGGUCAUUGUUUUUGAGCUCACUGGAGGCUUGGAGUAUAUUGUUCCCCUGAUGGCUGCAGUAAUGACCAGCAAAUGGGUUGGAGAUGCCUUUGGGAGGGAAGGCAUUUAUGAAGCUCACAUCCGGCUAAAUGGAUACCCUUUCUUGGAUGCAAAAGAAGAAUUCACUCAUACCACCCUGGCUGCCGAUGUCAUGAGACCUCGGAGGAGUGACCCUCCCCUGGCCGUCCUGACCCAGGACAACAUGACCGUGGAUGACAUAGAAAACAUGAUUAACGAGACCAGCUACAAUGGCUUUCCUGUCAUAAUGUCCAAAGAGUCUCAGAGAUUAGUGGGAUUUGCCCUCAGAAGAGACCUGACAAUUGCAAUAGAGAGUGCCAGAAAAAAACAGGAAGGGAUAGUGGGCAGCUCCCGCGUGUGCUUUGCACAGCACACCCCGUCCCUCCCAGCAGAGAGCCCCCGGCCCCUGAAGCUCCGCAGCAUCCUUGACAUGAGCCCGUUCACGGUCACGGACCACACGCCCAUGGAGAUCGUGGUGGACAUCUUCCGGAAGCUGGGCCUGCGGCAGUGCCUGGUCACGCACAACGGACGCCUCCUUGGUAUCAUCACAAAAAAAGAUAUCCUCCGUCAUAUGGCCCAGACGGCAAACCAAGACCCCGCCUCCAUAAUGUUCAACUGAGCCCCGUGACGUUGGAGGGAGAGGAGGCCGGGGAGGAGGCCCGCCUGCUGAGCAGCACCGAGCUUUAACCCCCUUCAAACAAGGAAAUAGAAAAGCCAGGCUGCUGCAGCAUGGUUUGCAGUACUGCUGGUGGAAUGGAGGAGUUGUUUGGGGAGGGAAAGGAGAGAGAGAAGGAGGCGAGUGAGUAUCUCCCAUCCCACGAGGGCACCACGUGGUCUGCUGUCUGCGCUGGAUGCGCUCAGCCCGGGGUGUGGCCUGGGCCUCCCUCCACAGGGAGGGCGCCCGAGCCUGACCCCGGCCCCCGGCCUGCUCUCCAGCACCGCAGAGACGUGCCUGUUUCGGGAGGGAUCCCUCUGAAUCGAGCCAUCUCUAAGACUGCAAGGUCUUGCCCUUUUUUAAUCAAAACUUUUGUGUUUAACUCAUGAAGUGUACAGUUAAAGCGUUACCUUUCUACAUUCCGGACGAUCUCCCUCUCCCCGCCACCCCUUCUCUCGCGCGCUCUAACAAAGCCUCUGUAAGUCGGUGUGCCCUUUGGAAGCAGUCCUUUCUCAUAUUGAGAUGUACUGAGGUUGUACUGAGGUUUCACACAGAAGAAGGGAGUGUUUCUUGUGCCCUUAACCCUGUAGUUCGCCCCAUCACGAGACGCUCGGUGCAGUCACGUGUGCGCCGACAGAGGCCCAAGGCAGCGGGAAGACCUCCACGGAGGAGAAACGAGCUCUCGCUUGGGUGCCGUGUGGUUCAGAAUCAGCAACGGUGAACUUGACUUGUGAGGAUAAACAGAUUUCUUUUUGCUUUUUUUUCCGCCCCUCUCUGACUUUAUGGAUAAUGUGACCUGGUCGUAUGCAGAUUUUCUGUUUCUAAAACUCCUAUAAUACACAAGUACUGUUGAGCGUAAGGAGACAAGAUGCUGCUUCAUUGACAGUGACGAGAAGGAAGAAUUCUGUUUAGCUGCACCUGGUAUGAGUUGCAUGUUUAAACACUGGAAUUUUCUUUUUCUUGAAAUUAGAUCAGUCUUUUUCUUUUCUUUCCUCAAGGUGUUUUACUGCUGACACUGAAGAAGAAAUGUAAUUCAUAACUUGCACUAAAUGUAUAUUUCUUUCUUAAAAAUUUACCAUUCUUAUUUAUAUUUUUAUGGAUUAAAAUUUAUAAAAUACAGAUCAGUUAAUAUCGCACUUAAGUAAUUUUACCUUUUUAAUGUGAUUUUUGUAGACUAAUUCAGACUUAGAAAUACGGAGAUACGAACAAAGUUUACAGUGGGAACAAGGGUUUAAGAUGUGGUUACGGUUAUUUCUCCGUGAUCAGAUGUGUACGGAAACCUUUUCUGAUCUUUCACUGCCAUCCCCUGGGUUUGUCUUCUGACCUGUCCAUUUUGACUCAUUAACUGGAAGCUGAGACACUACAUAUUAUUUUGCAGAUUAAAACCAAAAGUUAAAUACUGUUAACCUUUAAAAGAAAAAUGAAAUGAAAACAGUAGAAUUGCAGAGGUGGCAGUUAAAACGUUAAUCUGAACAGAACCUGUGAAUCUUUGCAUAGGUCGCGUCCAGGUGUCCGGUGGCGUUUUGAAUCCACACUGCACUUUUUGGCAGGAUGAGUUGAAAAUGUACUGGGAUGUGUUUGGAAUCGUGGGUUUUGGAAAUAUCUGACUUAAUCGUGGUCUUAAUUCACUAUUGGCAAAGGCAGUUCACUUGAUGCACUGGCCUAAAAAUUCUGGUUGAUGUAUUUUUGGAGGCAAAAAUGAAUUUUUACAGACACAUUUUCUGAAACAUAACUGGCAAUGAGCUGUCUUUACAUUUUAGCAGUGGUUCUUCACUUCCUGGUUCUUAAUAUAUCUGUAAGAUCUGUGAGAUCACGGAAGAUCUUUACGAUCUGGAAGGUUUAUAAGAUCAUGAGGCCGGAUUAGAGUGACAGUUGAGAGUUGAGCAAAAUGUUAGGCAUUUCGUGAGACCUUCUGAGUUUUGCUGUCUGCCUGCAGUUAGCGUUUUGUCCCCGUGCCUCCCCCCUUGGCCGCCUCCACGCUUCCUUCCUGGUGUCUGGAGGGCAGUCCUUCCUGAAUGAUGGUCCUGUGCGUCUCCUCUCGACCUGUCAUCCGUGCAUUUGCCCCCGAGAGGCGCGGCCUCACGAAGUCACCCGUGGCGUGGAUUUUGUCUCCCACGUUUCCUUUCCGAUUUCAGGUCCUGCUUCAGAGACUGACAUCUCGGGCGGAUGUUGAUUUUCUUCUCGGUGUGUCCGCCCCGCUGAGACCGGGGAGGGGGGCCGUGUCUCCAGUGCGCUCGCGGUUGCCUGCGCCGCUCUGUUCCACUUUUCCUUUUGGUACGUUGGGGUGUGCCUGCUUUUCGGCCAAAGGAGGGAACACUGGAGACCGUGAGAUCGACGUGCCUGGCUCACUGGCGAACGGACUGACCGAUGUGGCUGGAGCGCCUCAUUUGAGUACCCUUUUAGAGAAGGUAUGAUGAGAAUGGGCAAGGGUGUCAGCAUCUCUUCCUAUUCAGCAUUGUUUUCAGUUGUGGCUCAUGAAGAAUGCUUAGUUUGUUAAUCUGUGAUGUUGCCUAGAGCUGUAUUUAUCUGUUUUUAUUUAUACUCCUGUAGUAAAGCUGCAUAUCAUUACAGUAAAAACGGUUACUGUGAUGAGUCAAUCAGAAACUCUAUUAAAAUCUGUAUGACAGUGUGUGGUUUGGCCUUUGACUCCCUCUGUCACCGCCCCCCGCGGUCACUGCGCUCCGCGUGGUGCGGCCGAGGCGCCCGGCGCGCAGCCUCGAAGCGGGGGAGGGUCGCCCCGCGUCUCUCGCGUUACAGUGCCGGUGCUGUCCUUUGCAAGCAGGAGCGACAGGGGGACAGAGGCUGCGGUGACAGCGGGUGGACGUACCAGCGAUGGUGUCGGCGGCGUCUGCGGGCCCGCAGAGAGAUGGCUGUCAGUCGGCUGUCACACCCCUGAAAGGAGACGCGUGAGUCAGCGGCACCUGUGCUUUUCAGAACGGGUGUGGAGGUUUGAGCGAGAGCCGCCCGCGAGGAGGUGGUGACAGGUGCGCUGUGGAGAGGCCUCCGGGGUGUCCGGCGGAAGGAGCCCGGUCCCCACGCGCCCGGUGGGCCUCGUGUCAUCGCUCUCGCGUGCUGUCCACUCGGCGCGUGUGGAGCACCGACGGCGUGCCCGGCGCUGCCCCCGGCUCCCGAGGCCGCCGGGCGCGCGGGCUGUCAGAUGCCGGCACGUGGCAGGGUGC